AUGUCCGAGCGAAAGGUCUUGACGAAAUACUACCCUCCCGACUUCGACCCGUCGGCGAUCGGGCGCACACCCAAGCACUUGCGCAAACAGGGUCCCAAAGUCAUCACCGUCCGAUUGAUGGCCCCAUUCCCCAUGAAAUGUACCAACUGUGGCGAAUAUAUCUAUCGCGGGCGCAAGUUCAAUGCGCGCAAGCAAAAUCUGGAGGAGAAGUAUCUCAAUAUCCCGAUCUACCGGUUCUUCAUUCGGUGCACACGAUGCAGUGGUGAGAUCACCUUUCGGACCGAUCCGAAGAAUAUGGAUUAUGAAUGUGAGCGUGGCGCAAAGCGUAACUUCGAGCCAUGGCGAGACGCGAAGGACGGUAAAUACAACGAAACGCAAGAAGAGACGCUCGACCGACUAGAGCGCGAGGAAAAUACGGAACAAGAGCAACUUGAGCGUGACAAGAUGGCCGAGCUGGAAGAGAAGAUGCAGGAUUCGAAGCGGGAAAUGGCAGUUGCAGAUGCGCUGGAUGAGAUCCGAACUCGGAAUGCCCGCAUUGCACGAAACGAACAAAAGGGCGACGAUGUGGCUUUGGACCUUGUUCACAAUGAGGUGGAUGAGGCUCGACUGCAGGCCGAGAAGGAAGAUGAAGAGGCCGCGCGUAAAGCAUUCAGGACGGAAACCGGAGAGAGGGUUAAGCGAAUCGUCGAGGACCACGAGGCGCCGAGUCCCUCGAUGCCACCACCAUCGGCGUCUUUCACCACCGCGAGAGUGAAGAAGACCAAGAAGAACAACCCGCUCGGCAUCAAGAAGAAGCCUUCUUUGGUUUAA